AUGCUAGCUGCUCCUGGUCGCGACUUUGAAACAUGGCACGACCUUUGUCACUUCGUGGCCUCCGUAUACAAAGGCCGCCUGACGCUGAUCGCAGACGGGGUAAACACAUACACAUCUUUCGGCCCCGCAGCCUUCCUCUUCUUCCCAAUCCUAUCAAACAUGCUACCAUUUCACCGUUCCACAAGAUGUUCCUUCUCGUCAUUCGGUCUUCUUCCCUUACUCGUUACUCUCUUGCCUCCUGCCGCUCUCGUGGCCGCACAGGCCGGGAAUGACCUUAGCUGGGUCCUGUUCGAUCGCGAACAGUUUGACGGAAACACCGUUCUCGACGCAAAGGGAGAUGUCCAGCUCUUCUGGAAAACCGGGGACGAGUAUUCGACAUACGGCAUCGCCUCUCGGUCUGGAGGCUACCUGGCUCUGGGCUUCAGCGAGACUGGUGCGAUGACCGGCGCCGAUAUCGCUGUGGGCUACAAGGACUCCGCCGGCAAUUUCGUGCUUGAGAACCGCUACGCCGCCGGUUUUACCGCCCCUAACCUCUCCAAUGACCAAAAGAACAACAUCCGCCUCAAGGAGGGUGACCAGAAGAACGGAGUGACCGCUUUCGUAUUCGAGAAAAAGAAUAAGGCCGACUGUUUGCAGAACCAAGUCGACGUCACCAAAGACUCCUGGCAGUGGUUCAUCUACUCCUUCUCCGGCGAAAACACUUUUGGCAUACACGAGGCCGGCAAAAAGGGCAAGAAGUACGUCAAGCUGGGCACUACCAAGACUAUUUCGGUCAAUGAGAUUCGGGACGUCGAUGACGCCAAGGAGUUCACUAUCGUUCAGCCCGAGAUCACCAUUCCUACCGCUGAGACCGCUUACUGCUAUACGCUCCAUAAAUUGCCCGCAGGAAAGAAAAAUUUUAUUCUCAGCGAGCGGCCGUCCUCGUCGAGCAAGUUGCUUCACCAUCUGGUCGUCUAUUCCUGCUACGGUCUGCCCGAGGAAGCUAAAGCAAUGGUUGGCCAGGAGCCUAACUGUGACUACGAGAACUUCUCAAAUCCUUGUAACGGUUUCGUUACGGAAUGGGCCCCGGGCAUGGCUGGUCGCACAUUUGAACCAGGUUUCGGCAAACCCUUCGGCUCCGACAGCUUCGAGUACGUGAUGCUAGAGAUCCAUUACAACAAUCCCGAGGGGCUUGAGGACGAGAAAGACUCUUCUGGCUACACGUUCCUCUACAACGACAAACAGGUCGAGACUGAAAUCGGCACCCUCACACUGGGCGACCUCCAGGUGACUGGCUGGUCCCUCGAGCCGGGCAAGGAGAUCGUGGCGCGUACAACCGUUUGCACGCCCGAGUGCACUAAGCGUUGGCCGUCUGAUGGCAUCACCGCUUUCUCCGUCUUUUUCCACAUGCACCAGCGUGGUCGCAAUCAGCGUGUCCAGAUUAUCCGAGACGGCAGGGAGGUGAACGCUCUGUCCUCGAUUCGCAGCUUCGAAUACGGCUACCAAUACUCGAAGAAUUUGGGCGAGGUCAAGCUGCUUCCGGGCGAUCGUCUGAUCACCACUUGUGAGUUCGAUACCUCCGAAGACAGGGAGCCGGUUCCCGGCGGUCUCGCGAGCAAGGAAGAAAUGUGCUUCGCCUGGGUCGACUACUACCCUGCCAACAAGGUCCUCGCAUGCACGCAAGUCGAUAUGGGCCAGGCUCCCGGCUCCCCAUUAAACGGAACGGCAGCCCUUUGCCUCGAGGCCAACGGGGACUCGGCAGAUUCCGUUUUCCCCUCUGAGUCCCUCACCGCCCCGUUCCAACGCCUUCCCGCAUCCGGAAAUACCUGUGCCGCCCCGGCUACCGCAGGCGGAGCCAACUCUAGUACCAGCCCUGCCCUAGCCGCCUCACCAACCUCAUCCGCCUCAUCCGCCUUUUCCUCUCUCUACCGGGCUUUGUUUACAAUUGCAGCCCCUCUCGCGCUCACGAUAAUCUUGGCGCUGCAAUUUUUCUGA